AAAAACAAAAAGAUUUAUAUAAUUUCACAUUAGUAAACUCAUCAUGGAAUUAUUCAGCAUCUACUUAUUUAUAUCGUUCGCCAAAACUAAAAGAAUAUGAAUAUGUAAAAAAAUUUAUAGAAACUUUAUUAUUAUCAAAACAAAAAAAAACUUUAUUGCCAUAUAAUGAAAUGGUACGUGAAUGGAAUAUAUUUUAUAUGGAAUUUGCAGAUAUUAUAGCAGAAUGUUGUCCUUUUAUAGAAAAAAUAACUUGUGUUGCAAUAGUAAAAGACAACUUGGAAAAGAAGCCUAUGAUAUUUAAUAAUUUAAUUAAACAUUGGAAUAAUUUAAGAACAAUUUCAUUAUAUAAUUACAGUGGAACAGAUGAAACAUUAAAAUCAAUUAAAGAUUAUUGUCUAAGAUUAGAAGAAAUUAAUUUAGAUAGUAAAUUUAUUACAGAUAUUGGAUUGGUUGAAUUAAUUAAAUCUUGUAGGUUAAUCAAAAGAUUAAAAUUAAAAUGUGAUAACAUAACAGAUGAAAGCAUGAAAGUAAUUUCAAUACAUUGUAAAUACUUAAUUGAAUUACAUAUAUGCGAUUGUAACUUAAUAACAGAUAUUGGAAUUUUAUCAUUAUCAGAAAUUUCUUUUGCAAAAAAUUUAAAUAGGCUUACUUUAGAAAAACUUAACAUUAGAGAAAGUUCAUUAAUAGUUUUGGCAAAAAAUACAAUAAACAUUCAAGAACUUUAUUUUAAAAGAAUCAAUGAAUUAACAGAUGAAGUUAUUUCUUUAUUUGGUGAUAUUAGAAUCAAAAGAGAAAAAUCAAUUAAUAAAUUAAAUUUAAAUAUUUGUUCAAAUAUUCUUGGCAGUGGUUUAAAGGAAUUUCUUGAACUAAAAGAAUUAUCAUUAUUUAUGCAAUCAAUAAAAUUAAAUUAUUUACAAGAAAUAUGUAAUAAUUGUCAAAAAAUUGAAAAACUUACUUUGGAUGUUAAAUUUAUUACUGAUGAUAUUAUAAAUGCUAUAUCAAAACUAAAAAAUUUAAAAUCUUUAGCAAUGUUUUGUGGAAGAGGUUUUGAGGAUUCUGAUAUUUUUGGAUUACGUAGAGAUUGUCCAAAAUUAAACCAAAUUAAUUGUUGA